ACUCAGGGAUUGGAUCAGCCCUCAACUCACUCUUCAGCUUCGCCGCUGUUUGCAGCCCAGCAGUUUCAUCAUGUCCUUCAGUGCUGACCAGAUUGCUGAAUUCAAGGAGGCAUUUCUCCUCUUUGACAGAACAGGCGAAUGCAAGAUCACCCUAAGCCAGGUUGGUGAUGUCCUUCGGGCUCUGGGCACAAAUCCCACCAAUGCAGAGGUCAAGAAGGUUCUGGGAAACCCCAGCAAUGAAGAGAUGAAUGCCAAGAAAAUUGAGUUUGAACAAUUCCUGCCUAUGCUGCAAGCUAUUUCCAACAACAAGGACCAGGGAAGCUAUGAAGACUUUGUUGAGGGUCUGCGUGUCUUUGACAAGGAAGGCAAUGGUACAGUCAUGGGUGCUGAACUUCGUCAUGUUCUAGCUACACUAGGUGAAAAGAUGAAAGAGGAAGAAGUGGAAGCCCUGAUGGCAGGUCAAGAAGACUCCAAUGGCUGCAUCAACUAUGAAGCCUUUGUCAAGCACAUCAUGUCUAUCUAAAUAGAGCUCUCAAGAUCAAGCACUGCGUUAAGAAGACUGACUGGAACCUUAUUUUAAUAAUACCCAUGACUAACUGUCCAAAUCUGUUUACCACCAUUCAGGAAAACAAAACAACUUGGACCAUUCUGGACUAAGGGACUCCCUGAGUUUUUAUACACUGUUUCCCUCUGAAUUAUAUUCAUACCACACAAACCAAGUGUCUGCUGCUCUAGACAAGAAGGAUAAAAUACUGACAAUCUCAAAUCCAAGCACCACUCUUUAUUUUCUACAGUGGGUCAAAAAAAUCCUUAAAAUAAUAAAUCAAUAAAUAAUUUUGGUCAGUCUGUACAGU